UGCCGUGAGCUGGCGAUGCUCGGUCAGGGAACAGUGGGGGCUGUUGUGACCCUUAGGCUUACCGGAGCUAAAGACACCUUCCUACGGAUAACUCCUGUACUGCGUGCACAGCUGCGCCUAGAACAGGAUUAUGCAGUGGAGGCCUCAUGGGGAGAGGAGCCGGUGUUUCUUGGUUGGAUAGAGAAUCGGUCCAGAUGUGAAUCAGAGAAUGUGGCAGAGCUGAGCAGACAGCUGGGAGAGUGUCUGGGACUUUCAGAUGAUCAGCAGGUUUUCCUCAAACCAUGUCCCAGUGUCACGUCAUGUAAAGAAGUCAUUGUUGAGCCGCUGUCAGCAGAUGAUUGGGAAAUACUGGAAGUCCAUGCCUCUGCUCUUGAAAUUAACCUUCUUGAUCAGAUACGGAUCGUAUAUCCAAAGGCAGUGUUCCCAGUGUGGGUUGAUUUGCACACGUGUCUUUACAUCCAGAUAGGUACAUUAAGUCCAUCUGCAAGUUAUGGCAGAUUAGAACCUCUGACUGAGCUAAUUAUCUCUCCAAAAAGCAGAGACUUUGGCAUUUAUUCUUCUUCUAGAACUGAUGAUUUAUAUGAAGGAUCCAGUCACAGAGAGCUAGAGCAGAAAGCAAGUGGAACAGUUGAGAGAAGCAGAGAAUAUUUACCAUCUGAGCAAGAGAGUGGACCUGACUGUCCAGAUACCACGCUUGCGGACUCCAGUAUUUGGAAUACUCUUAGAAAUUUUAUUUUUCGUGUAUUAGGAAAGAAUAAUUCAGAGUCUCUUAGCGAUAAAGAACUAUUUCUGAGGACUUCACUCAGAGGUGUUGAAGUUGAAGGAGUUUUCAGGGUAUCAAAGAAAGUACCCGACCAUAUUGGGAAUAGUCAAGCCUAUGCUGACAAUUGCAAUGAUAAUACUGUUCAUGUUUUCUUAUGGUAUCCAGAACCCCCUGGUGUAACACCAGAAGUUGUAGCAACAUUUGGAAAAAUUUCAGAGCUACCAUCUCCAAAAAGGCGAAAAGAAAAUGCCAAAAAUAGUAAUGACACAUCAGGGAAAAAGAAGGAUUUUGGAACCACUGAGAAAAACAAGGAGAAGACUGGCAGUAUUAAGAAAACCAAUACCUUUGUCAAGAUUGUGUGGCAUGGCUUUGAGGAUCUCAAAGACGUCAUUGAGUAUGAUAUAAAGAAUGGCAAUACGCAUGUUGGAAAAGUUUGGAUUCCAGAGAGUUUGAAAAAGAAACUGAACAUUAAUGUUUCAUCAGCAGUAAGAAUACAGUCCUGUGACUCCUUUCCGAAAAUUCCAACAUCGCUUGUUGUGCAACCAAAGAUGUCUUUUGAAAAGAAAAUGACUGAAGAAGAUAUAAAAUGCACAUUUAACACCUGGUUGCAGUCUUCCACUUCCUUAGCAAGGCCUUGGAUCUUAGGGAAGUCAGACCACAUACAGAUGAGUGUCAGUGGAGAAACAACAGAGUUCCUUAUCAGUCUGGAUCCUAUCUCUGCACUGAAUAAUAAGGAUGACAUUUUUAUGUUAUGUCCAAGCUUCUUGCAGAAGACCAAAAUUCAUGUGCUCUGUGAAUCUGUUUCAUCAGAAGAAGAACAAGGACAUGCGCAGCUUGAUCAAAAUCUCUCUUAUUUAGAAAUGUGCAAGUUAGGGGGUGUUUCUGCUUUAGCAGUAUCUUGCUAUGAGCACAUUGAGCAUUGCCUUAUGGGACACCCACUAUCCAGGCAAUUAAGUGCAUCUGCUUCAGGACUGCGCAGCGGGGCAAUCCUCAUUUGUGGUGCAAAGGGAAGUGGAAAAUCGACCUUUGCAAAGGCAGUAUGUAAAGAAGCCUUUGGAAAGCUGGAUGCUUACAUAGAACAAAUCGAUUGCAAAUCAUUGAAAGGGAAGACAUUAGACAAAAUACAGCAGACUCUGGAAGAUGGCUUCGCGGAGGCAUCCUGGAGGCAGCCAUCUAUUCUACUGCUGGACGACUUAGAUCAGAUCGCUGGAGUUCCUCCUACACCAGAAUUAGAGCGAAGUCCUGAAGCAGCCCAAAGCAAGCACAUUGCACACGCACUGAAAGAUCUGAUGAAAAAUAUCAUUACCAUGGACACUCAUAUUGCUGUGAUUGCUACUUGCCAGUCUGAGCAUUCCUUGAAUCCACUUCUAGUUUCGGUGCAAGGAACACAUCUUUUUCAGUGCCUUAAAUCCAUUCAGUCACCAUCUCAGGAGCAAAGAUCUGAAAUGCUGCGGUGUAUAAUUCAAAACAGACUGAAUACCAACAUUGCUCACUUUAAAGGCCUCGACCUGGAUGUUCUUGCAAAGGAGACAGAAGGUUUUGUUGCAAGAGAUUUUACCAUACUCGUUGAACGAGCAAUUGAAAAUAGUGUUUCAGCAAGAAAAACAAUAAAAAAAGAAGACCUUCUUUUAACAACAUCAGAUUUUCAGAAAGGUCUCAAGGGCUUUACACCUUUGUCUCUGAAGAACGCCCACUUGCAUAAGCCAAAGGACUUGUCUUGGAACAUGGUGGGUGGCUUGCAUGAUGUACGGCAGAUCCUUAAGGAUACAAUUGAGUUACCAGCCAAGUAUCCAGAACUAUUUGCAAACCUACCUAUACGCCACAGAUCUGGAGUUCUUCUAUAUGGGGCACCGGGAACAGGGAAGACUUUGUUGGCUGGUGUCAUUGCCCGUGAAAGUGGAAUGAACUUUAUUAGCAUUAAGGGUCCAGAGCUGCUCAGUAAAUAUAUUGGUGCCAGUGAACAAGCAGUGCGAGAUGUCUUUUCAAGAGCACAAGCUGCUAAGCCGUGCAUUAUUUUCUUUGAUGAGUUUGAUUCCUUAGCACCUAGACGAGGUCAUGAUAACACAGGUGUGACUGACAGAGUGGUCAACCAGAUGCUGACGCAACUGGAUGGAGUGGAAGGUCUACAGGGGGUCUAUGUUGUAGCAGCCACCAGUCGUCCAGAUUUGAUUGACCCAGCCUUACUUAGACCUGGUCGAUUGGAUGAGUGUCUAUAUUGUCCUCCCCCAGAACAGAUGUCUCGGUUGGAGAUUUUGAAAGGUCUCAGUCAACAGAUGUUAUUAGAUGUUGAUGUGAAUUUUCAGCAAAUAGCUACAAUGACAGAACACUUCACUGGAGCGGAUCUUAAAGCUUUGCUCUACAAUGCUCAGCUGGAAGCCAUCCAUGCUAAGUUAGCAGCAAGCCUACCACACGAUAAUGGUUCUGGAUCUGACAGUGACAUGAGCUCUUCAUCAAUCAUAUUUCUGAACCCUAGCACUGUAUCAGAAGAUUCAGGUGGAGACUCAAGCAUUGUUGUUGACCAGUCACUUGCUUUACUGGAUAUGAUAGAGCUUCCUCCAGAAGACUUAAAGUCAAGCAUGUGGCGCCUUUACUUUGGAAGUUCAUAUGAAUCAGACUUGGGGAAUGGGAGCAGCCCAUCAGAUCUGACUUCUCAGAGCUUAUCUGGAAGCAAUUCUAUUACACAUGAUUUUACUGGCUUGGCUAUAGGAGAAUUAGUGCCUUCACAACCUCUAGUGUUCAUUACAUCCUCUCAAGAAGAUAACCAGGAACUUAAUCAGGAAAAAUUUCAGAAACUAAAUGAUGAGAUCAAUAUUAUCAAGGCCAGCUGCACACAUGUGGAGGACAGAGUUAUAAGCCAAACAGACACAAAGAAGAGUUUGCAUAUUAAUCAACAACAUCUUCUGACUGCCCUUGCAAACACAAGACCAUCUAUAAGUGCUCAAGACUGGAAGUUUUUCAAUCAACUUUAUGAAAAAUUUAAAAAUCCGAAGACAUCAAGUGAAGACACUUUUAAAAGAGGCCAGAAAGUAACCUUAGCAUGACACCUGCUAUUCUGGGUUUCAGUCCAUCAAAAUUGUAUUUAAUUAUGUAAACUUAAUUUAGAAUGAAUAAAUUGAUUUAUUUUUUA